AUGGACGCAAAACAAUCCAAGUCAACUAUUCUGACAUCAACUGUAUCAUCAGGUGCCAUGCGCCUAAGGCGUCGUAUGGCUCAAAAUUAUUUGGUUAUUUGGGUAGAUGGCAACAUCGAUGAAAACAUCGAAGACUGCCGGAAUACACUGGCACAAUUGCGCGUAGUGGUAAGUGAAGUGAAUGUGUGCACAACACCCGAAGGAUGUAUCGAGUUGCUCAAUGAAAUGGACGAUGGAAAAGCUUUCGUCAUUUCAUCUGGUGCUUUAGGACAAAGCCUCGUAAAUGACAUUCAUGGUAUGCCAAAAGUGGAUGCCAUUUACAUCUUUUGUGGCAACAAGGCGCGCCAUGAAGCAUGGGCAACCGAUUGGCCAAAGAUUCGAGGUGUAUUCACCUCAAUAAAACCAAUAUGUGAAUCACUCAAAAAGGUCGCCCAUGAAUGCGAUCAUGAUUCAAUUCCGAUGAGCUUUGUUCCGAAGCGAUGCACGACAGAUGCAGAAUCGAACGUGCAAAAUCUUAGCCAAUUACCGCCUACUUAUAUGUACUCGAAAUUUAUUGCAAAAAAAAAAGAAAUUCCUGACGCAGAAAUAAAUGAACUAAAGCGUGAAUACCACCAGAAAUCAGCAGUAUGGUGGUAUACAUGUGAAAUUUUUCUCUAUGGUAUGCUUAAUUGGGGUUACGAUCGCUUGAUAUGGAAGCGAUGUCCAAGUUAG